AACAUCAAAUGAAAAAAUAGUGAAAACAACUGUAAAUGUGGGUGAAAUAAAAGCUGGACGUUACAUGAUAUCCUGGGCAUAUCCUUGUUUCACCCCCACUACGGGUCUCGCUGAAUGAGACAACGUAUAAGAAUUUAGUAGUGUUGAAAGCCUGACAACGUAAUGUAAGUGGUGAACAAACCGAAUAAAAUGAAAAGUGAGGAUUUAAAUCCAGAGAAGGAACAAGAAGGCCCAGACACCAACGCGCCAGUCAAACAACCCAAGCAGCAAAAGCCGAAACGUAGGCACUUUUUGAAGAAGCUGAAGCUGAAGAAAGGUGCGUCGACUUGUAGUGAACCGGACCCUGCCACCAUACCGUUGCCCGGAACCUCGUCCGAUUCGUCGGCCGGUGUGGAACGACAAACGCCAGAAGGCGACGAGAGCUACAAAUUAACCAAAUCAGCUUCCGAAAAUAAUUUAGCCGAGAGCUGGGCUUGUAACGAAGGCUCGAAAUCAGAUAAAAGGUCCACGGAGAACGUUAUCGCAAAGACCAGUCAGUUUGGUUCCGCUGAUUAUAAAGGACGCACAAAAUCGUUGGAAAACAUACAGAAAAUGACCGCCUACGGUGAACUCAUAGUCGACGCAUCCACAUUACAGACGUCAAUUGUCAAACAAUCUGUAAACAAACCGAGAGACCACUUAUAUAAAAUUUUAGUAAUUGGGGACCUAGGAACAGGAAAAACGUCAAUAAUCAAAAGAUAUGUACACAAAUUCUUUACACAGAACUACAGGGCAACCAUAGGGGUGGAUUUUGCUUUAAAAGUGAUAACGUGGGAUGAAAACACGUUGGUACGGUUGCAGUUAUGGGACAUUGCAGGUCAAGAAAGAUAUGGUAAUAUGACCAGGGUUUAUUAUAAAGAAGCAGUUGGAGCCUUCAUUGUGUUCGAUGUCACAAGAAAAAACACAUUGGACUCAGUGGCCAACUGGAAAUCGGAUCUGGACGCCAAAGUGCAGCUUCCUGAUGGAUCGCCGAUUCCCUGUGUUCUUCUAGCCAAUAAGUGUGAUCAACCCAAAGAAGGUAUUGUGAACGUCCCUUCGAAGAUGGACGAGUAUUGCAAAGAAAAAGGUUUCACCGCUUGGUUCGAAACCUCAGCUAAAGACGAUAUCAACAUUAACGAAGCAGCCGACGCCUUAGUACAAACAAUUUUAAACAACGAUGCAUUACUAAAUAACGAUAAGAAAGAUGAAGAUCAGAUCACGUUAAACAAAUACUCGAAUAAUGAUGAUGAGGGGAGGAAAAAAUGUGCUUGUUGACCAAUGAUGAUUAUGUGUGUUUUGAGCAGCUAACUGUUGAUAUGAUUCAGGCAGGGUCUGACGUAUCGUGACCAUUACUUAAAUGCUUCCCUUUGUUUCACAUCUUGUGCAAUGUUCAAUUUUCUGUAAUCUUUUUACCUAGAUUUAGAUUAUUUUAAUAUAGAUUGUACGGGUCGGAAUUUAGAACAAAAUGAAAAAUGUAUAUUUGUUUUGUUUGGCAACAGAAAAUAUAUUGUUUUUAAAAUUACAAAAUUGCAAUUAUUUUGUUUUGAAUUUUCACCCUGAGUUUGUUUGUACUUAAAAAUAGUAGAUGUAUUCAUAUUUUGUAAUAAUAUAUUUUGUUGAAUAUG